GCUGGGGUGCCACGACCCAACUCCCUGCAGUUGCCAGAUAUAGCCCAGAAGGACGGCCGUGCGUUUCCCGAACUUCCUUCCUUCGCAACCGAACCAAACCUUUGUUGGACUCGAACAGCAACAGAAGCAGUGCAACAUCUCGAUGGAGCGUCGGAUACACCUGCUGGUUGUUUACGGGAACAUGGGUGUGCGUGUGCUGGUCCUGUUCGCGCUCUGGUCAGCGGGCUGGCCUGGAUUGCCCCGCGGGGUCCCGCUGCCGGGCGCCCGAGCGCACUCCUGCCUGCCGUGCGAGCCCGAGGAGUGCGCGGUGCCCGUCGACUGCCCCGGCGGAACGACCAUGGACGUGUGCGACUGCUGUAAAGUCUGUGCCCGGCGAGUCAACGAGACGUGUGGCGGCCUGUACGGCAUCCAGGGGACCUGCGACCGCGGGCUCCGUUGUGUCAUCCCGUCCCCCAAACAUGGCGAGCACAUCACGGGCAACGAAGUUGGCGUCUGUCAGGUUGAAGAAGAGACUCCGUGUAAGGAACAGAUGUUUACAGGCUGCAAUAUGGUGGAAGGGACGUGCGUAUGUGAACGAGCGAGGGCUUGCAGCAACCCUUUCUCCUUUGAGGACAAGCCCAAAUGCUUGCUGGCCAUCUCAGAGAUGAAUGCAGAUCGACCCGACUGCUCCAAGGCGAGGUGUGCCAUCGUGUUCUCUCCCCGCUGCCCGGACGAUUCCAUUCUGAUUGAGGGGUACACCCCCGCCGGGGAGUGCUGUCCGUUGGCGAGCCGCUGCGAGUGCAAUCCAUCGGGGUGCCUGGAGAGGAUGUGCCGUCCUGGGUAUGAGAGAGUCCUGGUGUCCAAGGGCAAGGGAGAGCCUGGAGAGUGCUGUGACAAGUAUGAGUGCAGACCCAUGCUUCCAGUUGCAUCAGAGCCAGAGGACUGCAGCUCUGUGGUCUGCCCCGAGUUCCUGCUGAAGUGUCCCCCGGACAGCGAACCUGUCCCCUCGGACCAACCAGAGGACAGCUGCUGCCCACUCCCCCCAAGCUGUGAGUGCCGGGCAGGGAUCUGUGAGGAGACAAGCCAGUGUGAAGAGGGCACAGUCCGCAGGAUCAUCAAGAAAGGAGAGGGCAAGCCGGGGUCCUGCUGCGACGUGUUCGAGUGUGUGCCAGCGAACAACUCCACGUGCAUGCACAACGGGACGGAGUACAGCGAGGGCGAGACCUUCCGGCCGGACCCCUGCCACUUCUGCAAGUGCAGCGGCGGUCUGUCCUUCUGUUUCACCGCGCAGUGUGGCGACCUGCAGUGCCAGAACUACUACGUCCCGGAUGGCGAGUGCUGCCCCAUCUGUGAAGACCCAUGGCCAGGCCCCGUCACCAAUCUCUUCUGCAUGACGGACAGCGGGGAGCUUCUGGCGCACGGGGAUCACUACAAAAUGGACGACUGUACCUUCUGUACCUGCAGCAACGGGGACCUGCACUGCACUGCCACAGCUUGUGCUGUCCACUGUUUUAACCCUAAGAAGAUUCCGGGAGAAUGCUGUCCAGUUUGUGAAGAGCCGACUUACAUCACCCUCCCCCCUCCUGUCUGCCCCGACAUGGAGAACUGCACGCUGGCCUGUAAACACGGCUACAGGUCAAACAUCUUCGGCUGCCCGGUCUGUCAGUGCCUCACAGAAGAAGAAUUGUGUCAUGGAAGCCUGGACAACUGUGACCUUCAUUGUCCAUACGGGUUCAAGGUCAACCGUCAGGGAUGCGAGACCUGUGAGUGCAAACCCGCCCCCAAGAAGUGCAAGUCCAUGGAAGACUGUGACAAGAGGUGCCCCUACGGCUACAAGAUCAACAAGCAUGGGUGCGAGAUGUGCCGGUGCAAUAAGUGUCCCGAGUUCGUGUGCGAGAAGCACUGCACCUUCGGCUAUGUGCAAAACAGCAAGGGCUGUGAUAUCUGCAAGUGCAAAGAUGCUCCUUUCCUGCCCCCGUCCUUCCCCAUCCCUGCCGACUCAUGUUUGUCGAUGGACGGGCAGCGCUACGAGGACGGGGAGGGCUGGCACGACGGCUGCCGCGAGUGCUACUGUCAUGGCGGACAGGAGAUGUGCGCCCUCAUCACGUGUCCCGCCCCCAGCUGCAAGCAGCCCAUCAUCAGAGCCGGGCAAUGCUGUCCCACCUGUCCUGAUGAUGUGGACAACGCCUCCAAGCCGGCAGCGAACCCCACGGUGUGCCACUCUCCGGGUGGGGAGUACUUUGUGGAGGGGGAGACGUGGCAGCUGGACCAGUGUACGCAGUGUACAUGUCACAACGGCCAGGUUCUGUGCGACACCGAGGCCUGCCCCCCACUCCUGUGUCAGAACCCCAUCAGGACGGACGGGUCCUGUUGUGCAGUAUGUCCAGACGAUACAGGAGCGGACAUGUUCCCCCUGCCCCCGGACAUGUCGGAGCCCAUCCUGUGCCAUGGGGAGGAGGGCGAGAUGUUCCUCCACGGGGAAUCCUGGAAGGCCAACGUCUGCACCAGCUGUGUCUGUCUCCAUGGCAACAUCACGUGUUACUCCGAGACGUGUCCGCCCGUCAGGUGCAAGAGACCAGUCCUCAGGAAGGGGCAGUGCUGUCCUCAGUGCUUAGAUGCGUCCAAUGCGGUGACGACGUGCAGAUACAACGGGCAGACGUACAGGGAGGGGGAGAAGUGGAAUAUAGACCAGUGCACGCACUGCUACUGCGUCGGGGGUCACCAGAUGUGCUCCCAGAGAAUAUGCAUGCCGCAGCUGUGUCCGGAGGAGGAGCAGAUCACCCUGCCGGGGGAAUGCUGUCCCGUCUGUAGAUCAGACUUGACCACAGAAGUUCCCAACGAGUCGAGAGGGAGCACAAGACAAAAGGCUCAGCCUACCCCUGCAUUCACCACAACACCACUGUCACCUGUACAUACAACAGAAAUGAGCAAUGAGAUCCCGGAUGCCAACAAGAUGGGAGGUAUUGAAGCGCCGAGCUUCCCGACCCUGGCCGUCGUCCUUCCCAUCGCCCUCAUCAUCAUCGCGCUGGCUUUGCUCUUCGUUGUGUCGAUCAUCAUCGCCAAGAGAAGAAUGGGCCGGGUCGUCUUCAAGUCCUCAACGCCGCCCCAGCCGCGGAGAACCGCCGCGGGCGGGCUGCAGGACUCCAGCGUCGUGUACGUGGACCACAAAAACGGAGUGAAGGUGGAGGUGGAGAGGAGACAUUGGAGCGACAUCGAGCCCACGCGGGUCAGCGGGUACUACAGUAUGCGGGACCCGGGAGUGCAGCACGUGUGAUGUGUGCAUUCAUGCGGGGGAGGGGAGAAGAGAAAAGGCGGGCGGCCACCGGUUGCAAUGGGACUGUAGCAAAGAUGCUGCUUUUGUGUGGUGCAGCUGAGGACGGUUGCCGGGAGAACCGGGACGACAGAGUUCAGGUUCAUUGGGUGCUCCUUCUGUAACCUCUGACCUGGUUCACCCCAUGUGACCUCUGACCUGGUUCACCCUGUGUAACCUCUGACCUGGUUCACCCGAGUCUUGUACAUAACCACCUGUCAUAAUAUAUUAUAUAUAGGGACAGCAACUCGACAUUGACAUGUCAACAGUAGGGAGAGCUUAAGUAGAAACAAAGCAGUGCAACACACUGCCUACAUGUGCCGUCAUGAGAACCAUAAGUGUGAAAAUCCUCCAAGGAAAGGCUUGAACGUAGCGCAAUCCUAGCAGCAUUUGUACAGUUGAAGUACGAGAAAGUCCGUCUGGGGAGAGGAGCACCACCCGUAACAAAUGUGUAAAUUGUAGCGUGCUUCUAAAGCGUUUUUUUCGAUGGGAACAAUGCAAAUUUUACUGUACAGAGAGACAAAAUCAUGCCAGCUGCCCAGCAUAAAUUUAUAGGGAAAGCGUUCAACAUGCAAAAGCAACGCACACCUCAGAAGAGUCAAAUGUCUGCCAUCUCGUAUACCUUUCAAGUGCUUCUAUCCCUGGAGGCACAAGAAGUUCUGUUCCUUUACUCUGUGCAAAGCACUAGAGCUCCAAAGCAUGUGAAAAUUUGUGUUUAUGUGUAGUUUAUCAUGGAUGUUUUUCGAAGGUGUAUGGAUGCUUUUGCAUUGAGGAUGCGGUGUACACUAUGUGCUGUAGAAAAUGAAGAUGUAUUUAUUUGUAAGAUAUACUUCCAGCAUUCUCUCUUGUAAGCCCUUCUGUCUAUGCAGAGUUUUAGCAGAAUCAGGAAGCAGUUUCGUCUGGCUUCUAAAUAUUGUUUUAGAUAUUUAGUAGGCCAGCUUGUCAUAGACUUGUACAGUGUAAUUUAUUCUAUAGAGAUGGCUCUUCUAAUUUAUUGUGACUGAAAGGAUGUGGUGUAAGAUACUAGUGAUGUACUGUCCUUCCUACAUAUGGCAUAAAGCUUGCAUAUUAAACCAAAUGUUGUCAGACACUGACAAAUAGUUUCCGUCAUUCAAUAAUGUUCUGGUUCCAUUCUUUAACAACAAGACAUCCAGUGGUGUAGUCAACAUGUAACCUGCCCAACCUGAAAGAAAGUUAAUAUUGCCACACGAAGUAUCAGGGAAUAUGACAAUAGGAAUAUUAAAUGGUUUCCAUGACAGUUUUGAAGAGGAAUUGUUCAUUGUGAAGAUUCGAAGUUUUUGUAUGGAAGCAACAUUUUAGCAAAUAUGUUGUUUUCAUGCAUAGACCUUCAUUUGUGUACCAGUUGUGGAGGGAUGGGUUGUGUAGAGUGAAAGUCCGAAUGGAGAGAUCUGUUUUCUACCAAUAUAUUUAUUCUCUACUAUGCUUGUACAUUUUGAGCAGAAAGAGCAAUAAAUUUGAAACAUCUUA